GCAUGACUUCUUACUUUCAUCUACACUCGGUUUGCGCUCCUUAACGUCCGUACAAUUUGACCAAUCUGCGCCUUCUGGCGGUCCUCAAGAAGGCUUAAAGCCAAAGCCAUGAACGCCCCCGAGCGGGAUGCAGAAGCUGGCGAACUGCCGCCUCGUCGACAGCGGAGCUCUAUACCCUCAAUUCUGUUCAUCAGCUUCGUACUGUUCAUGCUUACCAACAAUAGAACGGACGAUGCAGCCACUAGGACGCAGCAUCUAGAGGCUUUAGAGGCAAUGAACUAUGAAAUGGCUAACUACUCGCUGUGGUUGACUGGGAACAGUACCUCGAAUUUCACUCUUGUCAACCCCUCUGAACCCGGUAGAAAUGCCUCUGGUGGAUUCGCUUCUAACAUUGGGAUCCCAACUAGAUUCAAUGGAGGCGUCAUAUUACACUAACCUGACCGGCUUCUGGCGCGGUGAUAUCGAGUUUCACAACCUGACUUCCAACUCGACUGAUCCAUGGCAACCUCUUGCUCACGACCUGAUUUCUUCGGCAAACCUGACGAACGCUACGGAACUUUCUGACCGGUUGGGAUCAUGGAAUUGGUCGGCUUCGAACAAGGUGGCGAUUAGCGUCGGAGACAAGUUGGUGUGGUCAAAGCCUCAUCUAACGAACGUAUCCAAGGACAUUGCUGUCAUACAUGGCAAGAUCGACUUGACAGAUCCAGGUAGCUCAGAUGAACUGAGGAUCGACUUUGAUGGCAUCCAUUUCCUGUCGAAUGGCUCAAUAUAUGCUUUGGCUGCGUCUAGUGGCUAUCGCUAUCGUCCUGAUCUGCGUUAUGCCCCUUCUUUGGUUCCAGAACACCGUCUGAAUGAAACGGCUCAAGUGAUUGAAGUCGAAGAGUACUCACGCAUCGCCAAAAACAAGGAGAAACUGGAAGCUGGCACUCUGGACCUCGACCAGGAUGAUGAUGACAAUCCGAAGACGAGGUGUACCUUUGACUUCUUUGGACAGGUUGAUCCAAGUCUCGUCCCCCAAUUUCAGCUGGAAGAAUUAGAAGAAGAGAUUGAUAGCCCUACAGGAAUCUCCACUGUGAAGCAGCCGCCUCUACUCAUGAAUGGCCUGUUGAUAAGUAAAGACUGUGGUAUGAUGUACAAACUGAAGGAUAUUCGAGGUUUGAAGUCUCAAUCCCUUUACCGCAAAAUAACGACAUAUGCGGGAAUUUCUGCCAUAGUCAACGCCAUCCUGUUACUAUUGCUCACUAGGCAGAUGUCCCGAAGCCACUCUGCCGUUGGACUUGCCAGAGUUUCACGAUAUCCAUUCCUAGCUCAAAGUCUCAUAGAUGCUGUGUCGUUCGUCGGCCAUCUCACUCUCGCCAUACUUGCCGACGGUCGACCCUCGUUGGCAGUCCUAGCACCGGCUGGAUUGUCCUGUAUCCUCUUUGUGCGCGAAGCGCAAUAUUCUGUCUUGAUAGGUCAGAUACAAGCACCCGAAGAUGCAGAGACGCCUCUUCCUAGACCUCCUUCCCCUCAACCUACACCUCCACCUGUUCCACCCACAUCUGACCACGAACAUGAGGCCGAUAACAAUGAUACCCAUUCUGAAACUGCUCCUCUCAUACAACCAACCCCUCCCGCCACGACCACUCAAGCUCCUGCUCCUCCGCCACCUCAAACACCGCAGGAGCAAGGCUUCCUCCGAUUUCUCUUCAAUCAUAUUCGCACAGAUCCAUCUGCUAGACUAUGGACUAUUAUGUCAUUCUUCCUCAUUGUCGUAUUCAGAGUCGUUGUCAUUCUUUCGCUACCUUUGCUCUUUGUUGGGUGUCUGUAUGCGUUUAUGUGGUUCCCACAGAUUCACCGUGCAGUCAGGAGAGGUCGCACUAGUGGUAUGAGUGCUGAAUACUUGAUUGGUGCUACCCUGUGUCGACUAUACUUCCUUCUCUGUGAGUGCUACUGCUGCUCAGCUGUAUCCCUUUCAGCUUACAUUAUCUUUUCCAUAGAUUUCAUGGCAUGUCCCAAGAACAUUUUGGACGUAGAGCCCAGACGAUGGGUGUAUCUUGUUGCUCUCUUCAUGGGACUCCAAGUCGCCAUUCUCCUUUUACAAGACUUGUUCGGACCAAGCUUCUUCCUGCCAAGACGGAUGGUCAAGACGACUGGCUAUGAUUACCACCCACCGAUGCCCCUUCCCGAUCCGGAGGCACCUGAGCAGUCACUCGGUGAUUGUGCCAUCUGCAUGGAUGCCAUUGAGGUGGAUCCAACGCUCAGGCAACGCCCUGAUGAUGAGAAAGGUGUUGGUGUUGGUGUCGGAGGCUUAUGGGCUCAAGCGGGAGCGCGUAAGAGUUAUAGUUUGGCUCCAUGUCAUCACCUAUUCCAUACAGCAUGUCUCGAACGAUGGUUGGCCAUCAAGAAUAUUUGUCCGCAGUGUAGACGGCCUCUUCCACCUCUCUGACUGUCCUUCGCGCAUACAUGACUACUGUACUAUAUUUAAUACAUGUUAUCCUACAGCCUGUUCUAACGCCGCGACUCGUGGAAUCAUUGUGCAGU